CAUGAUGAGGAGGCUGUGGUAGAUCAAGGUGGAACAAGUUCAAUACUCAACAUUCACUAUGAGAAAGAGGAGCUAGAAGGACACAGGACCUUGUAUGUUGGCGUGCGUAUGCCUCUGGGUAGACAAAGUCACCGGCACCACAGGACCCAUGGAUCAAAGCACAAGAAGCGAGAGAAAGUGAAAGGUGCUGUCCAGGAAGAAGGAAAAGACAAUCUCACUUAUGACACCCCUUCCCAGCGAGUACAGUUCAUUUUGGGAACUGAGGAUGAUGAUGAGCAUGUUCCGCAUGAGCUUUUCACUGAACUUGAUGAAAUCUGCGUACGGGGGGGUGAAGAUGCUGAGUGGAAGGAGACUGCCAGGUGGUUGAAGUUUGAAGAAGACGUUGAGGAUGGUGGAGACCGUUGGAGUAAACCAUAUGUUGCCACACUGUCAUUACAUAGCCUGUUUGAGCUACGAAGUUGUAUCAUUAAUGGUACUGUCUUAUUGGACAUGCGUGCAAACAGCAUUCAGGAGAUUGCAGAUAUGAUCCUUGAUCAUCAGGAGUCUUCCAUGGAACUGGAUGAAAACAUUCGUGUGAAAGUGCGUGAAGCUCUUCUGAAAAGACAUCACCAUCAGAUUGAGAGAAAAAGGAAUAAUCUCAUUCCAAUUGUUAGGUCCUUUGCUGAGGUUGGGAAAAAGCAAUCUGAACCUUAUUCCAUGGACAAGGCAGGUCAAAUGCUGUCCCCACAAUCUCUUCCGACUCAUCUUGAAGCUAAAAAUGGAGUCAACCAAGACAACAUAAAUUUUGAGUCAGGCAAGGUUGACCUUCACUUCAUGAAGAAGAUACCUACUGGAGCCGAAGCCUCUAAUGUCUUAGUUGGCGAGUUAGACUUCCUGAAAAGACCAAUUGUAGCUUUUGUGCGGCUUUCUCCAGCUAUCCUUCUUACAGGACUUACUGAGGUUCCAAUUCCUACCAGAUUUCUUUUCAUUUUGCUGGGACCAGUUGGCAAAGCUCAACAAUACCAUGAGAUUGGCAGGUCUAUGGCCACUAUAAUGACUGAUGAAAUUUUUCAUGAUGUUGCUUACAAAGCCAAGGAUCGGAGUGACCUACUUGCUGGGAUUGAUGAAUUUCUUGAUCAGGUGACUGUUCUUCCCCCGGGUGAAUGGGACCCUUCCAUUCGAAUAGAGCCACCAAAAAAUGUUCCAUCUCAGGAGAAACGGAAACAGCCUGGCAUCCCAAACGGUAAUGCUUGCCAUGUUGAACCUGAGCCACAAGUGGGACACAGUGGUCCUGAACUGCAGCGCACAGGAAGGCUAUUUGGAGGCUUGAUCCUUGAUGUCAAACGGAAGAUGCCCUGUUUCUGGAGUGAUUUUAGGGAUGCCUUCAGUUUACAGUGUGUGGCAUCCUUCUUGUUCCUGUACUGCGCCUGCAUGUCUCCUGUAAUUACAUUUGGUGGCCUGUUGGGUGAAGCAACAGAAGGACGCAUAAGUGCAAUUGAGUCUCUGUUUGGGGCUUCCAUGACAGGAAUAGCAUACUCUCUCUUUGCUGGCCAACCUCUUACUAUUCUGGGCAGUACAGGUCCUGUGCUGGUGUUUGAAAAGAUUUUAUUCAAAUUCUGCAAGGACUACAAUUUAUCCUACCUGUCCUUGAGAGCGAAUAUUGGACUUUGGACAUCUUUCCUGUGUAUCUUGCUUGUUGCCACUGAUGCAAGCUCUCUUGUUUGUUAUAUAACUCGUUUCACUGAGGAAGCAUUUGCUUCUCUCAUCUGCAUAAUCUUCAUCUAUGAAGCCCUGGAAAAGCUGAUCCAUUUGGGAGAAAUUUAUUCUUUCAACAUGCACACAAAUUUGGACCAACUUACUCAGUACUUCUGUAUAUGUACAGAGCCUCGUAAUCCUGACAACAGAACUCUAGCGUACUGGGAAAAGCACAAUAUUACAAAAUCAUCAGUUCCUUGGGCAAAUCUAACUGUCAGUGACUGUAGGACAUUUCAAGGUGAAUUUGUUGGUCCUUCAUGUGGUCACCAUGGGCCGUACACCCCAGAUGUCCUCUUCUGGUCUGUUAUACUUUUCUUUUCUACAUUUGCCCUGUCAGGAUUCCUCAAACAAUUUAAAACAAGUCACUAUUUUCCAACAAAGGUACGAUCAAUGAUAAGUGAUUUUGCAGUUUUCCUGACUAUCUUGUCCAUGGUUCUUAUUGACUAUGCCCUGGGAAUUCCAUCACCUAAGCUUCAAGUUCCUAGUGUCUUUAAGCCAACAAGAGAUGAUCGUGGGUGGUUAAUAAACCCCAUAGGUCCAAAUCCCUGGUGGACAGUUAUUGCUGCCAUUAUACCAGCUCUGCUGUGCACUAUUCUUAUUUUCAUGGACCAACAGAUCACUGCUGUCAUUAUAAAUAGGAAGGAACACAAGCUGAAGAAAGGAUGUGGCUAUCACCUUGACCUCCUGAUGGUGGCAGUAAUGUUGGGUGUAUGUUCGGUUAUGGGACUCCCCUGGUUUGUAGCUGCAACUGUUCUCUCUAUCUCUCAUGUGAACAGUUUGAAGCUGGAAUCAGAAUGUUCAGCUCCUGGUGAACAGCCAAAGUUCCUGGGCAUUAGAGAACAGCGGGUCACUGGCCUCAUGAUCUUUGUCCUUAUGGGGUGCUCUGUCUUUAUGACUGGUUUCUUAAAGUUCAUUCCGAUGCCAGUGCUUUACGGAGUCUUUCUUUACAUGGGGGUCUCAUCACUGAAAGGAAUUCAGUUCUUUGAUCGUCUGCAACUAUUUGCGAUGCCAGCCAAGCACCAACCAGAUUUUAUCUACCUGCGUCAUGUGCCUCUGCGCAAAGUUCACCUUUUUACACUCAUACAGCUCACCUGUCUGGUCCUGCUGUGGGUCAUCAAAGCCUCACCUGCGGCAAUUGUCUUUCCUAUGAUGGUAUUAGCUCUAGUUUUUGUUAGAAAAUUGAUGGACCUUUGCUUUCUGAAGCGUGAGCUAAGCUGGCUUGAUGAUCUAAUGCCUGAAAGUAAGAAGAAAAAACUGGACGAUGCCAAAAAAGUCAAAGAGGAUGGGGAAUCAGAGAAAAUGCUGGAACCAGGGGACAGUGGUGUACACCUACCAAUGGAAAGUAGAAAACUGCUUCAAAGCCCAGUAAAGAGUAAUAUUUAUAGGUGUGAUCCAUCUGAAAUUAAUAUCUCUGAUGAAAUGUCCAAAUCUACAGUUUGGAAGGCACUCAGUAUGAAUACAGAGAGCAACAAAACCAAGGAUAACACAACUUCAAAAAGGUAA